AUGUUCCGAGCGGGGGACCCGGCGCCCGCGCGCCUGCGCAGCGUGGAGGUGGCCCGGGGCCGGGCGGGCUACGGCUUCACGCUCUCGGGCCAGGCGCCCUGCGUGCUCAGCUGCGUCCUCAGGGGCAGCCCCGCCGACCUCGUGGGCCUCCGCGCCGGCGACCAGAUCCUCACCGUCAACGAGAUCAACGUGAAGAAGGCGUCCCACGAAGACGUGGUGAAGCUAAUCGGGAAGUGCUCUGGGGUCCUGCACAUGGUGAUCGCGGAGGGCGGCGGCCACCUGGAGUCCUGCUCCAGUGACGAAGAGGUCGGCUUUUACGAAGGAAAAGGCUGGCUGAAGCCCAAACUCGACUCUAAGGCCUUAGGAAUAAACAGGGCAGAGAGAGUCGUUGAGGAAAUGCAGUCAGGAGGGAUUUUCAACAUGAUCUUUGAAAACCCUGGCCUUCGAGCCAGCAGCUCGGAGCCCCUGAAGCUGAAACAGAGGUCGCUUUCAGAGUCGGCCGCCGGCCGGUGUGACCUUGCGCACGAGAGUGCAAGUAAUCCACAUCCCAGCCUGCCUUCUAAGGAGGAGACGCCCAAAGCGGGGAACCACGGUUCUGCUUUCAGCGCGGGGCUGGAGGCUUCUGAGGACUUUGGGCUGGAUGCAAGCAUUCUCAACGUGGCCAUGGUCGUAGGCUACCUGGGCUCCAUCGAGCUGCCGUCCACCGGCUGCAGCCUGGAGUCGGACAGCGUGCAGGCUAUCCGGGGCUGCCUGCGGCGCCUUCGGGCUGAGCAGAAGAUCCACUCGCUGGUGACCAUGAAGGUCAUGCACGACUGUGUGCAGCUGUGCACGGACAAGGCGGCCGUGCUGGCCCGCUACCCGGCCGAGAGGCUGGCCUUCAGUGCCGUGUGCCCGGACGACAGGAGGUUUUUCGGGCUGGUGACCAUGCAGGCGGGUGAUGAUGGGAGCCUGGCGCAGGAGGAGGACGGCGUCCUGCGGACGUCCUGCCACGUGUUCAUGGUGGACCCCGACCUGUUCAGCCACAAGAUCCACCAGGGCAUCGCCCGGCGCUUCGGGUUUGAGUGCACGGCCGACCCCGACACCAAUGGCUGCCUGGAGUUCCCCGCGUCCUCGCUGCCUGUGCUGCAGUUCAUCUCGGUGCUCUACCGGGACAUGGGCGAGCUGAUCGAGGGUGUGCGGGCCCGGGCCUUUGCUGACGGGGACGCCGACGCCCACCAGAACACCAGCACGAGCAGCAACAGCGACAGCGGCAUCGGGAACUUCAGCCCCGAGGACAGGGGCAGCCGCGUGCUCGUGGUGGACCUGGGCGCCGCCUCCAGCAGGCACGGCCCUGGCGGCGGCGCCUGGGAGGGCGCGGGCGGAAGGGGCCCCCAGCCCUGGGCCGCCCCCUGGAAUGGGGCCUUCUGCCUCGACCCCGAGGGGGCCCCGUUCGAGGCCGCCCCGCAGGCUGACAGGUGCAGGGACCUCGGCAAGCACCUGGGGCCCGCUCCGCACGCAGAGGGCCCUCCGGCCCCACUGAGGUGUCCGGCCCCGCCUUCCCGGAGGGGCGCUGCGGGCCCUGGCAGUGGCUCCGGCCAGCGGUGGCUCCCGGUCCACGUGCUGCAGGAGUGGCAGUGUGGGCACGUCAGCGACCAGGAGUCUUACACCGACUCCACGGAUGGCUGGUCCAGCAUCAACUGCGGCACGCUGCCCCCGCCCAUGAGCAAGAUUCCUGCCGACCGCUACCGUGUGGAGGGCAGCCCGGCCCAGCCCCCGCCCAGCACCCAGCGGAGGGACUGGGCCAGGAAGGCCCUCGGCGUGCAGAACAUCUUCGGCCCCCAUCGAAGUGUUAGGAAGACCAAGGAAGACAAAAAGGGCUCCAAGUUCGGGCGGGGCAUCGGACUCGUGCCCCCGGCUCCGCGUGCCUCCAGCCGGAGGUCCUUCGGGAGGUCCCGGAGGCUGAGCAUCACCCGCUCCCUCGAUGAUCUCGAGUCCGCAACUGUGUCCGACGGUGAGCUGACCGGCGCCGACCUGAAGGACUGCGUGAGCAACCACAGCCUCAGCAGCAAUGCCAGCCUGCCCAGCGUGCAGAGCUGCCGCCGUCUGCGCGAGCGGAGGGUGGCCAGCUGGGCCGUGUCCUUCGAGCGCCUUCUGCAGGACCCACUCGGCGUUCGCUACUUCUCCGAUUUUCUGAGGAAGGAGUUCAGUGAAGAAAACAUUUUGUUCUGGCAGGCCUGUGAAUAUUUUAAUCAUGUUCCUGCACAUGACAAAAAGGAGCUCUCCUACAGGGCCCGCGAGAUCUUCAGUAAGUUCCUGGGCAGCAAGGCCACCACGCCGGUCAACAUCGACAGCCAGGCCCAGCUGGCGGACGACACGCUCAGCGCCCCCCACCCCGACAUGUUCAAGGAGCAGCAGCUGCAGAUCUUCAACCUGAUGAAGUUCGACAGCUACACACGGUUCCUGAAAUCCCCGCUGUACCAAGAGUGCAUCCUGGCAGAGGUGGAGGGCCGCCCGCUGCCCGAUGCUCAGCAGGUCCCCAGCAGCCCCACCUCCAAGCACAGCGCCAGCUCAGACCACUCCAACACGUCCACGCCCAAGAAGUUGAGCGGAAAAUCAAAAUCAGGACGGUCCCUGAAUGAAGAGCUGGGGGACGAGGACAGUGAGAGGAAGCGGAAAGGCGCCUUCUUCUCGUGGUCGCGGACCAGGAGCACCGGACGCUCCCAGAAGAAGAAGGACCACGGCGACCGUCCCAACGACGCCCUGCACGCCAACGGAGGCCUGGGCCGCCGGGAGUCACAGGGCUCCGUGUCCUCGGCUGGGAGCCUGGACCUGCCAGAGGCCUGCAGGACUCUCGCGCCCGAGCGGGACAAGCCGGCCAAGCACUGCAGCAUCCAGCUGCCCGACGGGACGGCCUGCGUGGUGCUGGUCAGGGCGGGGCUCUCCAUCAAGGACGUGCUGGCCGGGCUCUGCGAGCGGCACGGCAUCAACGGGGCUGCCGUGGACCUCUUCCUGGUGGGCGGGGACAAGCCUCUGGUGCUGCAUCAGGACAGUAGCAUCUUGGAGUCAAGGGACCUGCGCCUAGAAAAACGCACUUUAUUUCGGCUGGAUCUGGUGCCGAUUAACCGAUCGGUGGGACUCAAGGCCAAGCCCAGCAAGCCCGUCACAGAGGUGCUGCGUCCCGUGGCGGCCAAGUACGGCCUGCGCCUGAGUGAGCUGGUGGCCCGGCUGAGUGGAGAGAAGGAGCCCCUGGACCUUGGGGCCCCCAUCUCGAGUCUCGACGGACAGCGGGUCAUCUUGGAGGAGAAGGACCCCUCCCGAGGGAAAGCGUCCACAGAUAAACAGAGAGCUGCGCCAGUCAGACAGAGCACAGCUGGAAACGCCAGCUCCAGGAAUCACUCGGCUACGGGAGAGGAGAGAACGCUAGGCAAGUCUAAUUCUAUUAAAAUUAAAGGAGAAAAUGGGAAGAAUGCUAGGGAGCCCCGGCUUUCAAAGAGAGAAGAAUCUAUUGCAAAGAUUGGGAAAAAAAAGUAUCAGAAAAUUAAUUUGGACGAAGCAGAGGAGUUUUUUGAGCUCAUUUCCAAAGCUCAGAGCAGCAGAGCAGACGACCAGCGCGGGCUGCUGAGGAAGGAGGACCUCGUGCUGCCCGAGUUCCUGCGUCUGCCCCCCAGCCCCCCAGGGCUCGCCCCCUCCCCUUCAGCCGCUGCCAAGGCCUUCGGCCCGAGACCUGUGACGGGUCACGGGGAGGAACGGGCACCCCGGCCCCGAGAAAGCCCGGCCAGCAGCCCCGGCUCCGGCGACAGCCUGCCCCUCGGCGCCCCCGGGACCCCCAGCCCGCCGGCGCAGGAAGUGGAGGCCGGCAGCGUCCAGACGGAGGAGGGCGAGCACGUGGCUGACCUGACGCUCACGGGGGAGGGGGACAUCAGCAGCCCCAACAGCACGUUCCUGCCGCCGCCCCCCGCCCCGCGGGACGCGGCCGCACCUCGGAGACCAGCAGGCGGGGCCCGAGGCAGCCGACGCCCCCCGGUCAGCGCAGUUGCGGACAUGGACCGAGUUGCUGGCGCACCGCCGGGGCCGGCCAGCAGCAUCCCGGGGGUGCGGACGGCCCCCUGGAGGCCACGGGCCGGCGGGGCCCCGACAUCAGCCCGCCCUGCCCCGAGCCCCAUACCCGGAGGGCCCGCCAAGCCCAAGGCCAGCCCGCACCACGCCACCUUCGUCUGA